AUGGCUGCAAGGCCCAUCACUCAAGAGUCUGAUGCUUUACUCCAAGAAAAAGGUAGGUGUUACUGUGUGGCUAGUGGUAAGUCUUCAGGUGAAGUGCUUCAAUUUAAAGCUCAAGAUCUCGUGAGGACCAUUCAGCAGUCCAGAGCAGAGAUGUAUGAAGAUACUCACAGUGAAGCCAGGUACUCCCUCAGCAGGUCUGUAACCCAUCCUUGGGACACUGAUAGAGAAGGCCUAAGAGAUUUCCUAGGUCUGCCUUUGUUCCAGCACCCUUCUUUGAGUGACAAUAUCUACUUUAGCGAAGACUUAGACUUUUCCCACUCUGACUCUCAGGACCAGGUCUUUAGCCACCCAAAGUUGGGACAUUUCCAGUCUCAAGACUGGAAAUUUGCACUCCAUGGUUCUUUAAAACAAGAAUGUAGUCCUCCAGUUUCACAAGAAUCCUCUUGGUCGCAGGAAAUAUAUGCUUUUGGCUCUUUUUCAUUAUUAGGGGACUUUGGCUCCUCCAGGCUCAUUGAGAAGGAGUGUUUGGAGAAGGAGAGUCAGGAUUACGACUUGGACCUUCCAAGUGAGGCACAUCCUGUGCACUGGGGCGGAGGCUGAAUUCUCAACAUUGCUGACCAGGAAAGUGGUGUUCUGGGGAAGGGAGAGACUCAGGCUGUUGGGAAUCUUGUCAGUCUAAAAAACAUGACCACAAAGAAUUUACCUAUAAAUCGUGUCACUCCCCAGAUCAAGGCAGCUAACCAAGUCCAGAAAACCAUCCUAACUCCUGAUCUGACCCUCGGAACCAACCUGGGGACAGAAGAUACCCAGUUCCCUGUGCAGAACCUCCCCUUGGGGCUUGAGCUGAAGAAUAUCCAGCUUCCCAGAAGGAAGAUGAACUUUGACCUCGUGGAUAAGUCUGAUGUCUUUUCAAGAUUUGGGGUAGAAAUUAUCAAAUGGGCAGGAUUCCACACCAUAAAAGAUGAUGUUAAAUUUUCCCAACUUUUUCAGACUCUCUUUGAGCUUGAAACAGAAACCUGUGCUAAAACACUUGCUUCAUUCAAAUGCUCCUUAAAGCCAGAGCACAGAGAUUUUUGCUUUUAUACUAUCAAAUUUUUAAAGCACUCUGCUUUGAAAACACCCCGAGUUGAUAAUGAUCUUUUAAACCUGCUUUUAGACAAAGGUGCUGUGAAAACCAAAAAUUGCUUUUUUGAAGUCAUAAAGCCCUUUGACAAGUAUAUAAUGAGGCUCCAAGACCGGCUUCUGAAAAGCAUCACACCACUCCUUAUGGCCUGCAAUGCCUAUGAGCUCAGUGUUAAGAUGAAGACCCUCACCACUCCUUUGGAUUUGGCCUUUGCUUUAGAGACCACCAACUCACUCUGCCGCAAGUCUUUGGCCCUUUUGGGACAGACAUUUUCCUUGGCCUCCUCUUUCCGGCAAGAGAAAAUCUUAGAGGCCAUGGGCCUUCUAGAUUCAGCUCCCUCUCCCGCCUCAUUUCCCAACUUUGAGGAUUCUACUUUGUUUGGAAGAGAGUACAUCGACCACCUGAAGGCCUGGCUGAUCGCUAGUGGGUACCCGAUCCAGAUCAAGAAGUUUGUACCUGAGUCAUCUGAGGAGGAUGAGGAAGAGGAGGAGGAGAAGGUUCCUUCUACAAAAGCUGACGUUCAGACAACCAAGGCCCCGAGUGACCGGAAGGAUGCUGUACCCCAGAGAGCAGGCCACAAGAUGGUUCAGACCAUUGACAAGUUGGUGAUGCGUGUGGUGGAAGGCAGUCUGUCUCCUAAGGAGAGAACUGCACUCAAGGAGGACCCUGCUCACUGGUUUUUGUCUGAUAAAGACAGUCUGGAGUACAAAUACUACAAGCUGAGGUUGGCAGAAGUGCAACGGGGGAAGCAGGCUUCAAGUGGUGACGGCCAGCAGCCAGGCCCAGCAGAGUGUGCAGUCAGGGCCAUGCUUUAUGCCAAGGCUGUGCGCAGCCUCAAGAGGCGACUCCUUCCCGGUCGGCGGCGGCGGGGCCUCCUCCGUGCCCAGGGAGCCCGAGGCUGGAAGGUGAAGAGUGUGACCACCAGCACCCAGACCGUCCUCUCGUCAGGUGCCAGACUUCGACAUCAGGGUCGAGGAGCGCCCACCAAACCAGAUGGAGGUGUCUCUGUGAAGGACUCCCCACCGGGACCUUCCACACUGACUCCUCAGGAUCCCAGUUCAGAGGCCUUGGACUCACCACCGAAGCCAGCAGACGUGGAUAUUCCUGAAGCCUCUCAGACUUCCUCUACCUGCCCAUCCGCUGAGGUUGAUGAAAAGACCAAGGAAACAGCAGAGAAACUGGCACGAUUUGUUGCUCAGGUGGGACCAGAGAUUGAACAGUUCAGCAUCGAGAACAGUGCCGACAAUCCUGACCUAUGGUUCCUUCAUGACCAGAACAGCGCAGCUUUCAAGUUUUAUCGAAUGAAAGUGUUUGAACUGUGUCCCUCAAUUUGUUUUCCAUCAUCUCCACUUACUGUUUCUGCGGAUUCCCUGGAGGGAGACAGGAAGAGCCAAGGCGAGCCUCCUGUGGAGGAGGAGGAAGACGAGGCAGCAGCACGUGCAGUUGGAGAGGCCUCUGGGUCGGGAGGCGUGGCUGAUGCAUCUGGGGGCUCUGAGGCCACGGCCCGCGCUGAUGGCCUCCCAAGCACAGCUACUGAGGAUGACCCAGCAAGUACACCCGCCCCAUCCCAGGCUUCCACGGGUACCUACUACCCCCGAAAGAGGGUCAGUAGCAAGUCACUGAAGGUUGGCAUGAUCCCAGCCCCCAAGAGGGUGUGCCUAAUCCAGGAACCCAAAGUUCAUGAGCCAGUUCGAAUUGCCUAUGACAGGCCCCGGGGUCGUCCCAUGUCCAGAAAGAAGAAGCCCAAAGACUUGGAGUUUGCCCACCAGAAGCUGACCGACAAGAACUUGGGCUUCCAGAUGCUCCAGAAGAUGGGCUGGAAGGAGGGCCAUGGCCUGGGUUCUUGUGGGGGUGGCAUCCGGGAGCCAGUCAGCGUGGGCACUGCCUCGGAAGGAGAGGGGCUGGGGGCCGACGGACAGGAGGAUAAAGAGGACACUUUUGAUGUCUUUCGACAGAGGAUGAUGCAGAUGUAUAGACACAAACGAGCAAACAAAUAG